AUGAAAAUAAUUGUAAUUUUGAUCAUUACAUUGAUAAUAACAUCAGUUAAUGCAGCACAACAAAAUCCAUCGAAUGUCCUUUAUGGUUUAUUUUCUGAUUCUGAUGAAACUCAUGUUUAUUAUGGAUUACUCGAUUUGAAUACUUCACAAUUUGAUAUAUUUAGUUCAUUAAAUAUCAAUGAUGUUGGAAAUCCUAAAAAUCUAAAAUAUUCUGUUGUACCAUUAACAUAUGAUCCAAAUAAUGAUCUUGUUUAUAUGGCAGCACCAGAUAAUAAUAGAAAAACAAUAUUAAGUGUUAUUAAUGCAACAACUGGCAAUCUUUUAUCAACAUUUAAAACAAUUUCAAAUACAAUUAUAUCUCUUCAAUAUGAUAUAUUUCAAAAACAAUUUUUUGCACACAUAGAAACAAAUUUUGAAAAUGGAACAUUAAUUGGAGAAAUUGAUACAAAUAAUGGAAAUAUUAAAGAAAUUUGA